CACGAACGUCAGCUGUCUCAUCUGUCGGGCUGCUUGGCUGCUUCUUUCCAAGCUGCUGUGUUUUCCUUAAGUGUUGGACGGGAUUUGCGUUGUUUGGUCUUGCAAUAACUUGGCACUCAUACUCGGAGCGAUCGGAUCCCUUCAAAAAUGGCUGUUAACGCGAAAACUAUGGACGUGAACUCGCUUUAUGAUUUGAGUUCUACAGUCAUAAUGAGCUAUUUCCACUUGUACGAAAGGGAGCUCAGAUCUUUGCCAGAAAAUAUUUUGUUUGAUCUCUACUUUAAGCUCUACGAAGAGAAGAGAAUAUGCCUUUUGGGUUGGGAACUUAUCGACCUCAAUGUUUUUGCUCGAAUGCUUAAAGUAACCCACAAACGGACUCAGUUGCUCCAAUGUUUCCAGACAUUGAUGGAUCAUGGCACCAACAUUUCAAAAGAGUUGUCAACAGCAUAUGCCCACAAAUGCAUGUGCUCUCAAAUGUGCCCCUCACUUCUGGAAUCAACAAUUGAUUUGGGACUAAGAUUAGGUGGCUUUUUGAGUGAUGCUGGUUGGUUCAAGGACAGUGAGGCUGUGUUGUUUCACUGUAGAGAUCUCUGUUUGAGUGCCCCUGAGACCCCCUCCUCUCUCAGAAGAACGUUAGAAUGUUACCACAAACUUUUCCAUGUACAAGCUGCAUUCUGCCUUUUUCCUGAGGCAGCUAAAACUUAUCAGGACAUCAACAAACUAAUCCAGACACUGAGAAAAAUGAAUGAACUUCCUAAUUUAGCUGCUCUGUAUAAAGAAUUCUCUAUUCAUUUCUUCUUGCGCAGUGAAUAUGAUGAGGCCCAUAAAUGGAGUGCUGAAGCCUUGAGAGAACUUGUUCCUGGUCUUCCUGCCAGUGUAAUUGUAGACGUUUUGAGACAACUAUCAAAAACUUGUGUUAUCAAACGGCAGUUUAAGAAAGCAGAGGUUCUUAUUCGACAAGCCAUCCGUAUGGCAAAUGAAAUAUACGAGCCAAGUCAUUAUAAACUAGCUGAUGUUCUUCUUGAUUAUGGAUAUUUUCUUUUGAACUUUGAUGGCAUCAGCCACUGUGUUAAAGUAAUAACUAGAGCUUUGGAAAUAAAGAAGGCAAUCUAUCGCCGUAAAAACAUUUAUGUGGCAGCAGCAUUGGAGGAUCUGGCCUAUGCCUUGUAUGUAUAUGAGUACAGCACUGGUAGAUUUAAGCGUGCCAGAGAAUAUGCUGAAGAUUCAAUCAGUAUCCUAGAAGCGCUUCUGCCUCCAAAUCAUUUAUUACUGUCUACAGCCAAGCGAGUUAAAGCCCUAAUUCUAGAAGAAAUCGCGCUUGACAAUCAAAGCAACACUCUUGUGGAUUCCCUACUGCCAGACGCUGAAGAACUGCACAUUACUGCACUAGAAUCCUCCAUCAAAGCUCUUGGUGAUAACAAUGUGCAAACAGCCAAACAUUACGGUAAUUUGGGACGUCUAUAUCAGAGUAUGAAGAAGUACAAGGAAGCAGAAGAGAUGCAACUUGUGGCAAUUGGAAUUAAAGAGCAGAUUCUUGGGAAGGAUGACUAUGAAGUUGGAUUGUCACUUGGUCAUCUUGCAUCCUUGUACAACUAUCACACCUUUCAGUACCAUAAAGCAGAGGAACUUUAUUUACGCUCAAUUGAAAUAGGGUUGAAACUGUAUGGUGAGACAUACUCUGGUUUGGAAUAUGACUACAAAGGCCUUGUCCACUGUUACAAAGAACUUGAUGAUGUAGAGAAGAUGGCACACUACACCUUCAUUUUAAAUCAAUGGAAGGUACUACGGGGACAAUUGAGCAUGCAGGAAAACCGGACUGACCUGGAAGAAACUGGACCCCUACAGCCACUUCCUGAUCUUAUCAAUUAUUAUUUUAAAGACUAACAGGAUUCUGUAAUACUUCUGUUCCUGUGAUAAGCUGUCUGCAAUGUUAUGUGCCGUUUUCCAUGUUUUCAUGACUAAUGUAUAGUUACAGCAGUGGCAAAAUGAAUAACAUGAACUAUCAAUAGCAGAAUCAGCCGAUGGAGGUUAUGAACUUACAAACCCUAAAUGGUUAGUUUUAGGUGCAAUGUUCAUUGUAGGUCCUGUUUGCAUGUUUUGUUGGUCUUUUUGCCACUGAUGGUCUACUAAGACUGAGCCACUGCAUCUUUCCAUGCUGAGCUAUUUGUACAAUCUUGCUCUUGAAGAGGAGACCGAAUUUUACUGAAUUACUGAAUUGACGAACUUAUUAAACUACUUAUAAGCCUUAUUCAAACACUGUUUAUGAUUGACCAUGAGAGCAUCCUUAUAGGAUACUUAAUUAAGUAUUUGAUUAAUGUAAAAAUAUUAGCUAGCAACAGUAUUGUGUACCUUUCUCUGUUUUCAUUUUUAUGACUAUAUUUGCACUUUCAUUUAAAGGCUUCACCCAUAGUUCAUCCUAAACAACCUCAUAUCCCUUGCAAGCUUUUAUUAUUUAUUGAGUGCCACUAGUUCUAAGAUGUAUGUGCAAUCAUUUUGUAUUGUUUCUUAUCUUUCUUUUGAAAUUUUGUUGUUUUUUACGUGAUAGACCUUGCUGUGCUGGACAAGUGUUUCAGUAGCGAAAUAGGGGCAAACAUUCUAUUUGAAUACAACGUCGACAGGGUAGUGGUACAUCUACUCCUUUAAACUGAUAAUGGUCAUGAGUUGUUGGGAGUAAUAUUUGACCCCUGUAAUGUAUCCUAGUAUAACUGUUAUAUAAUGAAUUUGUAGAUACUUACGCCUAGUCAUUUGCUUCAAUUUGUAUUAGUGUCUUGUGGUUUCAUGUAAAGGAGGCAAUAUAAAUAAACUAGCUGAAAACUGACUCAUGUCAUUGCUUGCAAACAGACUGUUGUCUGUAGUUCAAACGUUUCUUGUCUUAAUUACAUACCAAAAGAAGCAUUUUCAAGCAAUCACAUGAGACUGGUUUUGACUAGUUUCAGUGAAUUGCCCCCUUAACUGAGAACCAUCUCAGGAUCCCUUUGCCAUAGGAGCUACCAUGGUAAUUUUUGUGUGUUGGACCUUGUCAGAAUAUUGUGAAGUUUCAUAGGAGCAGUUGAUUUCUCAGGAGCAUUCCCCUAAUACUCUGGAUGUAAGGUAUCAUUGACGUGUAAAAUUUGUAUUAUCUAAUGAAGUAUUAAGAAUGUGUUAAUUUUUUCUUCGCUGGAAGUCUUUAAGUGGUGUUUUGUUUGUUGAUGUUGGGCCUAUAUCUGUUGGUAAACACCACUGCAUUUGUUUCAAAUGUGAUGAGUGACCAUUUCAUUUCAGAUCUGAAGUGCAAAGCUUUUCAUUCUACAUAUAUUGUGUAGUUUUUUGUUUUUCCUUUUUUUAAAAAAAAAUAAUCUUUUAACUUGUUGACUAUUUCUUUAGGACCUAGUAAGGUGCAAGAAUUAGACCCAAUGGUGGUUUUGUAUUGAAGAAAAUUUUCCAUGUGUAUUCCUUUUGUUUUUAGACUAUGUUGUACAAUAUUCACUCUCAAUCAAUCUAAUGUGUUAUUUGCGUUUUUAUGUAGUGAAAGAUGUCUUUUUGAGCACAUGCAUCUGAAAUAUGUAGUUGGUUGACUAGACGCUGACUGUAAAUUUAUUCUGGUCUUUGAAACAAAUUUUGAAAAGUGAUUAAGAAUGGCAACUUUUGUACUUCUUACAUUUAUACUCUUUUAUGAUGACUUUUUGGGGCUAGAUUUUGGAGUCUUCUUUCCUAUUUCUUUUAGUGCAAUGAUGUAAAAAGAAAAGUUAAAUACUAAGGGGAAGAGGGUGCUUGGGAUAAUCCCACAGUCAUUUUUAUUCAGUGCAAGCUAAGACUGUGAACUUUUGCUAAUUUGGUAAUUUUGUCUUCAGCUAUGAUAGUUCUAGAACUGUUUCACUAUUGUAGCACUGGAACUGGAACCAUGUAACAUUGUUUUGGUUUUAUUAUUAUUAUGAUCUAGAUCUCUUCAAACACAUUUUCAUUUUAUGAAUAAAGAAGUUUGAACUUUUA